AUGCUCGUGGAGAGCAUUUUCGAGGGAAAAUUAGAUGCAAAGGAAAUAAAGAAGCAAAGGGAAGAGGCUGGCAAAGGGGAUUUAAAAGGACAGAAGGCAGAUCCAAUAGGAAGAGCGUACGAAGGAGGAAAGCACGGAAGACAGAGGUUGAAAAGGAAAAGCAGCAGUCGGCGAGUGCAUGAAAAGAUAAAAGCAGAAUUUCUUCUGUUUCUCUUUUCCCACCCACUUAACCGACCGUGUUCUUGCGAUUUUUCAGAAUGCUGGCAACUCGUGAUAAAAAGCGUAAACGUACCGGCGACGGUGAAGGCCGACGACACCGAUUACGUGAUCCUGGACUGCGACUACGAUCUCGAGAACACGCCGAGCAAGGGAUUAGUCGUGAAAUGGUUCUUCAACACCAACGAAGUGGCUUACCAAUGGAUAUACGGCAGGGAGCCUUUGGCCGGGGAUACCGCGCGGAAGUACAUCGACCUGAAGUACAAAGCCAGCGACGAUCCGUACACCAAGUACCGAGCCAUGAAAUUGAAUAAGCCCGGUAUCGAUCUUACCGGCGAGUACACGUGCGUCAUAUUCACUUUCGCGGACGAGCAGUCCGCAAGCGCCUCCAUGGUCGUGUAUUCAACGGAGGACAAAUUCGAUCUUGUAUAUAGAAAGAAAACUAUAGAUGAUAAGGACGGGGUGGAGAUAACGUGCAUGGCAGAAGGACUAUAUCCGCAACCCACUCUAGAUAUAUCCAUCGAGGGUGUCCCGGAAAAGCAAACAGCGAAGCCUACCGUUACGCUGCGUGACGAUGGACUGUACGAUAUCUUAUCACGAACGGCCUUACUGGACGAAGAUUUACCGGAAGCAGCGAUUGUCAAAUGCUUGCUCGGUAUACCGAAGGCGAACUACAACGUUUCCCACCAAACCGUCUACUAUCCCGAGAGCUGCGCUAUCGUCAAACACUGCGCGCGCGACUCCUCGCAAAAUAACAUCGUGUCGCCGAUGUGCCUCCAUGUUUAA